AUGGCCAAAGAGUUGCUAAAAAAUUCACAAUAGAAAAGCCAUAUGAGUAGCAAUUUCAAUUUGAGAGCCCUAAAUUACUCUUCACCAACAAUCACACUUGAAGCUCCAUGAGCAACAAUAAACAGUUCGAAUUCUGCGUUGUUUGCAAGCUCAAUCACAACCAAGGUCGCCGCCAUAACUUCCUCCCUAACCACAAAAAAUCCCUCGCAGCUCUCCUCUCGCGUUUCCAAUCGAAGCUUUCCGAUAUCCGAUUCUUCCUUAAAAACCCUAUCCCUCUUCGUCCUGAACAUGCUUCACUUAAUCGCCUUUGGUGCCUCUUCUGCGAAUGUGAUAUUCGUGAACUCGAGAGUUACUACGCUAGUGACAAUGCGAUUAGGCAUUUGGCUAGUGCGGAUCAUUUGAAGAAAGUUAAAGGAUUUUUGUGGAAGUAUGGUGGUCGAAUGGACAAGGUUGAUACUCUUCGAAUUACGGAGGCUGACUUCGCUAAGUGGGAGAAAAAGUGCAAUCUAUUGAAGAAAGGAGCUCUUGAUGGAGAAUCUCGUGCAACAUCAAUAGGACCGUCGAAUGAUAUCCAAAAUAAAACGAACUCUGACUAUCUAAAUUGUUUUGAAAAAGAUAAUAUUCAUGCUCUUAAUGUUGAUGUUUCAAAUAUUGUUGUACCUUUACAAAAUUAUACGAAUGAGAGAUCGCAGAUAUCUGAAAACAAAAUGUGUAGUGUUACAAAUGGCCCUAAUUUGCGCAGUACGUGCAUGGGUGGACAACCCAGUGAAGAUGCUUGUUCUUCCAAUGGCCAUUCAAAUGUUCCAAAGUGUUUGGGGUUUCAUGCCACGACAACUUCUCACCAAUGUCUUAAUGGCGGUUUUGUAAUCCCGGAUGGAAAAGUAACAAAGGGUAUGAAAAGUUCUCCGGGUCCACCAAGCAUUACACAGAUGUCCUUAACAUUUCAAGAAGAUUCCCUUGGCAACGUUCAUUCUGGAGCACCUCCUCCGUGGUUCAAUGCGACUGAAAAAAGUCAGCUAGAUUUUAUAUCAAAUCCUGGAAGGAAUGACCCCUCUCCUCCCAAUCAGAAGAAGAAGUCGAAACUAAACCCAAACCGGGUUGGUGCUGCUUGGGCAGAGAGAAGAAAAGUUGAGCUGGAGUUGGAGAGUAGAGGGGAGCUUGUGAAAAACACUUUUGAUGUGAACUGGCUCCCAAAUUUUGGCGGAGUUUGGCAAUCAGGUACUAGGAAGGAAACUAGAAAAGUAUUUCAGCUGGAGAAUCACAAAUCUGCUAAGGUUGAAAGCCAGUCCCAGAGUAUGGUGCAGUUACAGCCUUAUGUCAGCAAGCGAAAGCGCAAAGGUCCUGUUGAUGAUGAGCUUGACUGACCUAACAACCUGUGUAUGGUGGCCAAAUUAUGAAAGUUCGCGUGUACAUUCUUCUUGAUUUGUUCUCCCACCCAGAUUAUCGUUUUUUAUGCUUUUUAGGUUUCCUAUUUGGUAUGAGUUUAGUCAACUAGAUUAUAGUAAGCGUUAUGUUAGACUGUUUGUUAUGUUAAUUUUUUCCCGAAGGAGCUCUUGGUUCUUCUGGUUCUAGCUUGUAUUAAUGCCUUUAAUUGGCUCUAAGUUCCAGUUGUAUUCCUCUUCUUAUUUGCUUGAAGGUGCCUUAAAUCUCUUGCUUGCAAACAAUUUCUGAUAAAUGUUGAAAGGUGACAUUUACUCUAAUUUUGACAGUGUCCUCUACUAAAUGUAUACCUUCUAGUACAUAAUAAUAUCAUGAAGGUCAUGUGUCGGACCUGUUAUAGGCG